GUUUUUAAAAAGGUUAUGUUAGCCACUAAACUCCGGUUCGCUCUUCGCAAGCUUCGUAGUAGAUACGUCUAUUUUGUGUAUAUGUAUAGUUAUGAACUGAACGUAUGUACUUGAAUAAGAAAAAACCAUACAAUAUUUCUCAAAGAAAAGCAUCCAAAUAUUUUUCAAACAAGGUAUAGUAGAUUUGACAUAUGUUGUAUCACGCACAUUCGAUAAGAAUCUAAGUGUUAUUGAUGGUCAGAUGCAUCUUUCUAAAAUUCUUGUAACAAGCCAACGCUUCUUUCUGUAGAUCUCUCUGCAUAUUUUGUUAUAGUAUUUUCCACUGAACUGUCAAUUUGAUAUAUCAAAAAGGGUUUUGAACGAUUUUUGUUUCUUUCUAAAUAAUCUUUUUUUAAUAUAUACUUCUUUAAAAAAUGAACUGAAAACCAAGUGUAGAGUCACAUGAUGUUGAUCAUUGAGGCUGAUUAGACGAAGGUUUGUGUAUAAGGGGCAGUUUCUUGCCUUCCACAUACCUUUUUCAAAGAAGUUUUUCAAUUAUAGGGUUGAUGAAUACAACAUGGUAAAUAUCAAAAUAAGAACCAUUUUAAAGGUUAAGGCAAAACAAGAAAGUUAUAAACUGAAAGCGAAAAACAUAUUAAAAAGUAUUUAAAACCAAAACUUGAAAUAGAAAGCAUCCACCAACUAAAAAAAAGUAAAAGGAAGCUUCACAUAUAUAUCCAAACAAAAUUAGUGGCGAGAACCCAUUUUAGGCGAGAAUGGUUAAUCUAACUAAAAACAAUACUUAAUUCUCCAAACCAAGAAGGACAAGUAAGAUAACAUCACAAAACCAAAACAACCAUAACGUCAACCGGAACAAUAAACAGCCUCAAUUCUCCAAAGAAAUCUCCAACGCCAAGCAAAUAGGUGACACAAACCUGGUUAACUAAAACCGCGUACAAAGAUGCAACACAGGGUCAUCUCGAAAUUUAAAGGAUCAUAAACAUUUUAAAAUAAAUUUGAAUAAAAAAUUACUAGAAUUUGACGUCAUAUGGUCUAUCUAUAUUGUUAGUUUAAAAACAUUUGAGGGUUAAACCAUUUUGCUUUACCCAGAACCAAGGCCGGCUAAGUAGAAGACAAAGGGUGUGAGUGCUCCGGAUCCAAAUCCGUAUCUUCCCGUAUAUUAAUAGUUAAGGAGUCUAAUUUCUUUUAUAAAUCAAUAUUUUUAUAUAAAAAAAUCAUAAAUAUAAUAAAUAAAAUUGAAAAAUGCCCAAAAAUAUUUGAUAUGUAUAUAGUUUUAUUUUUAUCACAAAAUAUACAAAUAUUACUAAUUAAAAUUUAAAAAUAGUUUAAACAUUAUAUGAAUAUAAAUUUUAGAGAGUAAAAACAAUUUUUUUACCUUAAAACUUAUAAUAGUGUUAAGCUGGCCCUGCCUAGAACUGGCCAUACACGCAUGGUACAUGCAAGAGGAGAAUCAGAGAAGCUUCAAUAACCUACCUGAGACAACGCAUGCAAUAUAAGGGAGAGAAGAUAUGAAUGAGGGAUAAUUCGGAGACGAAGCUUUGAACAUUAAGUAAUCAAAUAAUUUCCUUCAAAAACUGUGAAACUAUGUCAAAUAAUUUCCUUCAAAAACUGUGAAACUACGUAAAAUAUGCCGUUUAUUCAAAUGAUCUAUGAGUAUGUAAUUUUGUAUGGUUCUUUUUCACUCUUCUGAUUAAAUAAAUUAGGAUUUAUGAUUAAAAAGGAUUUUUUGCAUAAUACGCUCUACAAUAAUAUACACACUAUCCAUUGGACCCACUUGUCCAUGAUGCAUUCCUUUUCUAUUUCUCCAACAUUAUAAAACACUCCUAACCCGUCCUCUUGCUUUAAACCAACUUCUUCCCACAAAUAAAAUUAAGUAUACGAACUCUUUCAUAUUCAUCUCUUACUCUUAGAAACCAAAUACAUCAAUGAUUCCGGCGGAAAUCACCGGAUAUUAUCAAUAUUUAUCGCCGGAAAACUUAGGAACACUCCCGACGGAAUUCAACAUAAUAAAUAUGCCCUCAUCUCCAACAUCUUCCUCUUCCUUAACAUACUUAAAUGAUCUCAUCAACAACAACUACUCAUCAUCAUCCAUCCGUCAAGAUCUCAUGAUGGGCAACAACUCAACUUCCGAUGAAGAUCAUCAGCAUCAUCAUCAUCAGAGCAUCAUCAUAGUCGACGAGAGGAAACAGAGGAGGAUGCUUUCAAACAGAGAAUCCGCUAGGAGGUCGAGGAUGAGGAAACAGAGACAUCUUGAUGAACUCUGGUCUCAGGUGAUAAGGCUUCGCAACGAGAACAACUGUCUUAUUGAUAAGCUGAACCGUGUAUCGGAGACUCAAGAUAGCGUAUUGAAGGAGAAUUCUAAACUCAAAGAAGAAGCUUCUGAACUCCGACAACUUGUAUGUGAACUAAAAUCUAACAAGAACAGCGACGAUGACAACAACUUUGUAAGAAAGUUAUCGGAAUGAGAUUGUGGUUUCUUUGUAUCAACAGAAAAGAUCAAUGGGGUUUUGGGUUUUGGUUCUUUCUCGAAUAUAAAGUUGGUGAUAAUCAUAUAUUAGUAUAUUAUAUUGUAUGCAUACUAUAUAUAUUGAAGUUAGAUAAUAUAACUUAUAGUUCUUGAGCGAUUAUCUACUCUCUCUUCUUUUUUAUUUUUACAUUAUUAUAACUUAGGAGUAAUCAUAAUCGUAGACAUACCGGGUAACGUUAAUAAGUAUUAAUAGAUUCCACAACCCUGCAGAUCCGGAUUCUAAUUGAUUCAUUCCACAUUUCCAUUAAUUAGAAUUUGUAAACAACAAAUAUUAAAAGAUUUACGUGGUUAUGUGACUUCGGUUAUUUGAUUUCACACCUUACUAUUCUGUAAAAUUUGUUAUUUUUCACUCAUAUAUAUUAUGUCGCCAUGUAAAAAUAUUAGAAUCAAUGUUAUUUUUACUUGGAAAAUCUACUUAAACUCAUCAUAUUCCCUAUAAAGAUAAUAUUUGAAGUAUAUAUUCUGACAUUAAUACUUCGAACACGUAAGAUAUUUCUAGAAAGAGUAACAAAAGACAAAAUAGUAAGAAAAACUUAGAUAAUCUAACACUGUUUUAGUUACAAACAAGAAAAAAUGAAAGUGGUAUGAUAAAAAUAAAGACCAGUUAAAAAAAAUAAAGACCAGUAAUAACGACCUCUAUUAACAUAUUGGGAGAGUUUGUUUGCCGCAUAAUACUGCACUGAACAUCCCUGCAUUGAAAUCAUUCAUAGCGAACAAGAAAUAAAACAAAAGAUUGCUAAAAUGGUGGCCCUUCUUCUCUUCUUUUACUUUUGUAAUUUAAUCAAAUACUUAAUCAUCAGAUUUUCUUUUUCUUAUUGCUUUGAUCAACUUUUUUUCCCAAACCUUUUUAUCCGUUUAUAUCAUCACUCCGACUGCGACAAACCCACCAAGAAUGUUUUCUUGAAUUUCACCUGGCGCAUUACUAUUAUGCUAAACUUGAGCACUAUUAUUUGACCUACUAUUUUUUUCUUCCAGGUUUAACUUUUUCACCUACUUAAACACACAUAUGGGUAAUAGUCGUCUAUUUUCAGCCACAAGUUCAUAAACUGUGAAAAAGUUCAGUAAGAAAAAAGUUUAUAAACUGCACUAACUUUCAGCCACAAGUUUCACAUAUUUAUUCUUUUUUUUUUAGCAACUCACAUAUUUAUUCUCAUAACAUUAAUGCUAUUACCGACAAGUAUUAACUAUUAACCCAUCGGAAUCAUACAUCUUAGGAUUUGGUCGAAUUAUCUGUAGAUAAUUACUAUAUAGAAAAUAUAUGAAUAGUAGUUACGAAUCGGUUUGGACCUAGACACAGUAGACACCACGAUCGUUACAUUCAACAACGAUACUCGAUGUUAGAAAUGCUCUAACCUAAAAUUCUAUUUAAAAAAAAAUGAAAUAUAAGUUAAUAUGAAAUAAAAAUGUUUUGAUCCUAUUUUAUUUUUCACUUUAUAAUAGAGUGAUGAACAAACAAAAAAGAAAUUAUUUUAUUUAUAGAGUAAACUCCGUUAUAAAAUAAGAUAUGAAGUUGAGUUGAAAUAUUUUUUAUUUUAUAUUUAUUUUUACUUUAUUUUAGAAGAAAAAUUGAGUGGGAUGGAUAUACCCUUAAAAAUAAUUCCAACAGUUGAACAAUAUUCUAUGUCUCUAUUGCCAUACGCCCGGUGACUUUUUCAAUGGUCAAGUUCUGACCCUUUCCCAUUACGUUGUCUAAUAUGAGAUCUAUUCAAUUAUGUGUUUAGUAAUUGCUGAAUAUAAAAAAAAAUUGAAAUGAAAGAAGACAAAUU